AAACCAGCUGUAGCUUCGACAUUGAAUCAUCACCUUUAAAGUGUACAGAGGGUAAAAUGUUCUGGUUGUUAGGAAAAUGGAGAUUACCACUUGCAGAUGACAGUCUCUUUAUUAAUAACUUCUAAGGUGUGACACAUAAUUGUCCUAAUUUUCUAGGAUUGAUGUGGACAAAGAAGCAUUUCUUCAAGCUAGUGACAGCUUCCUAUAAAUUUCUUUGGGUUUCCAGGACCAGAGAUGACCAAGGAGGUGACUUUAUAAUUAAGGAGGAGAUUUUGGCUCCCCGAUUGUGUAUGUAUAUAUACGACGCGCUCUGUCUGAGAAGUUUAUUUACGGAGCAUCCUCUAAAGCAGAACCUUGCCAGGCUGAACAUAAAUCUAACAAGCUUCCUCACCAUGAAGAUAACAGGAGGUUUUCUGCUCCUCUCUCUGGCUCUUUUCUUCUUCUUUUCAGAUGUUGCGGGCCAAGAGAAGGUUGAUUGUUCUGAGUUCCAGGAUCCCAGGAUGUACUGUACCAGGGAAUCUAACCCCCACUGUGGUUCUGAUGGCCAGACAUAUGGCAACAAAUGUGCUUUCUGUAAAGCAUCUAUGAAAAGUGGUGGGAAGAUCAGCCUAAAGCACCAAGGAAAAUGCUGAGGGCAGCCCUGUGCUCUGAGAGACCUCUCUUUUCCUCCUCUCCCCCCCCUCAGCCCCCACCCCAUGCCCCUUUCUGCUUUUACUUUUCUCUAGUGGAUCCCUUCAUAGAGACACAUCUUCUGCUCAGCCCGGGCCCUGGUGGUUUCUAUUCCCCUCGAUUCGCUCGUUCAAUAAAGUAAAUUCAGCAG